CCUCCCCGCUUCGAUUCUCUCACACACCCUGCAUAAAAGAAAAAUGAUUUCUGCCCAAGCGAAUACGAGGUUGCCCAAUGGAGCUCGAGCAGCACCACAUCAAGAUGGCGAGAGGGGCAGAUUGAAGCCGGAGGAAGGAGACGUGAUGCAGGACGGAGGCGAAGGAGGCAGCGCCGUGAUGGCGGUGGAAGACACGGCUGAGUUGCAGAUCGACGUGAGGAUGGACGUUGACGCGCUCCUCUGCCAGGCCUGCCUCCUCCCCCUCAAGCCCCCAAUUUUCAAGUGCGACGCGGCCGGGCACAUCCUGUGCAGCUACUGCCGCGGCGGCCACGGCCAGACCUGCAGCCGCGCCGACACCCACUGCGGCGAGCUGGACGCCGUGGUCAGCGCCGCCAAGAUUCUCUGCCCCUACGGGAAGUUCGGCUGCGAGCGCUACGUCGUUUUCCACGGCGCGGCGGAGCACCAACGCACGUGCCCGUGCGCGCCCUGCUCCUGCCCGGAGCCCGGCUGCGCGUUCCAGGGCUCACCGCCGGCGCUCCUCGACCACUUCGCCGCAGGCCACUCCCGCCCCGUCAUCGCCGUCCGGUACGGCCGCUCGUGGAGCCUCAGCCUGCCGCUGUCGCAGCGCUGGCACGUCAUCGUCGGGCAGGAGGACCGGAGCGUCUUCCUCGUCUGCCUGGGCGCGCUCGGCGCGGCGGCCACAGCGGUGUCGCUGGUGCACGUCAGGGCGGACGGCGGCGGCGCCGCGGCGACCAAGUUCUGGUGCAAGCUCUCCGUGGAGCGUCCCGGCGACGACAAGGAUAGGCGAGUUCUCAUGGCCUCGAGGGUAAGCAGCAGCGCGCUGACCGGCGGCGCGCCGGCGCCCGACCAGGGCAUGUUCUUGGCGGUGCCCCAGGAGCUGCUGUCGGGCGACAUGGUCGCGCUCAGGAUCCGCAUUGAUCAGCUCUGAACUCUGACCUGCCGCCCGCCACCGCCAAGUCCACAACUCCACAAGGUAGGACUUCGCGCGUGGAGGAAGCCAUGAACUCUGCAUUUGAUCUUUAGCAUGUUAUGUGAUCGGCAUGGUUGUGACGGUGAAGUUUUACUCAGUAGUGAUCUCGUUAUUCAACUAAGCUUUCUUCUGAACGUUUAACCACUCUUUGUUCCA